GGUUUCAUAUUGUUCAUUUCUUACGUACUUCGUAUUACGUGGAGGUGUAGAGCUCUCUUGUUUAUUAUAGACAAUUCAAACGGGUUAAUAUAGAUAGUAUAUAUAAUAUAAUAUAUAACGCAAUAUUGCAUAUAAUAAAAAACAUCUAAGCAAGUGAAAGAAAGAGAACACCUUAAACAUUAAACAUCGUGCAAUAAAAAUGCCAUGCUGGUAUUAUGAGAAGAAAGAACUACGAAAUACACCAUCCAUUCAAGAUGGAAUUGACUAUGAAACAGAAUGCAGAUAUAGGAAAGAAGGGGCCAGAUUUAUUAUAGACACAGGAACCAAAAUGGAUUUAGGAUACAAUACAAUGGCAACUGGAGUUGUUUAUUUUCAUAGAUUCUAUAUGUUUCAUUCAUUUAAAAACUUCCCAAGAUAUGUAACUGCGUGCUGUUGUUUAUUAUUAGCAGGCAAAGUAGAAGAAACUCCAAAAAAAUGCAAAGAUAUAAUUAAGACUGCAAAGUCUUUAUUAACUGAACAGAAAUUGAUGACCUUUGGAGAAGAUCCAAAGGAGGAGGUCAUAACGUUAGAAAGAAUUUUACUACAAACUAUAAAGUUUGAUUUGCAAGUUGAACAUCCAUACAGCUACUUGCUAAAAUAUGCAAAAUGCCUUAAAGGUGAUAAAAAUAAAUUGCAAAAGAUGGUUCAAAUGGCUUGGACAUUUGUUAACGACAGUUUGUGUACAACAUUGUCAUUGCAGUGGGAACCAGAAAUUAUUGCUGUUGCUCUCAUGUAUUUGGCAGGGAAGCUUAGCAAAUUUGAAGUGGUAGAUUGGAAUGGAAGAUUACCAAAACAUUUACGUUGGUGGGAUAUGUUUGUUGAGGACGUUACUAUGGAUCUUCUAGAAGAUAUAUGUCAUCAAGUAUUAGAUUUGUAUUCACAAGCAAAUAACACAAAGCCGCCAGAUUCACCACCUUUAACACCAUCUAAUGAGCCUUGUAGAGAUAGAGCUAUAACAGCACCUUCCACAGAAUCAACAUCUACUACACCAAAUGUUACACCAGGAAAGGCUACUAAAGUUGAAGCAGUUGCAGUCUCUGCAAAUGGAUGCUUAACUACAGAUACCACAGAUGCAAUAAAACCAAUGGAUGUGCCAACGCAUUUUCAAACAUAUCCAACCAAUUUUGCACAUAGUAAUAUCAAUUAUCCUCCAGCGUUUCCUCCAGCAAAUGUUUCCGUACCUCCACCUUCUGUAAAUACAAUGAAUCACAUUGUCCCACCAAUGCAUCAUAUGGGUUCCUCCGGUACCAUUAGACCUGCACCACCUACAUCUACUACAACACCAACACCGUUUCAACCAUAUCCUUAUCCUACAAACGCGUCAUACUUCCCUCCAAAUAAUCCAGUACCUCCAGCACCUACACCGCGUACGUAUUAUCCACCACAACCUUAACACAUACAAAUUUAUAAGAUCAUAUAUGUAAUGUUUGCUUGUGUAUAAACGCUAUUAUGGCAAUUGAAGUUAAUAUUAUCAGAGAUAAUAGUUAAAUCUUAUCUUGUAA